UUUAGUUCUUACCGUCACUUCUCACGUGAUAAAACGAGAACAAGUACCCGUAGUCUCUAUUAGUAAGUCUUUAAUUCUGAAUUCAACUUUGGCUUUGGCUACGUUACUUACCGCACGUUUUAAGUCUUUACCAUCCAGACUGAAGCAGACGAUGUAUAUUAGAUAAGUGAUUAUUCAUAUAGCAGUAGAUUGAAAUCUAACGGGAUGGCGACUCCGACAGCCUGUGCCGUUACUUCUCGGCUUAUAUUCAGCAUCACAGGAUUUUUAGUGGGUCUCAGCGUUUUCUGUGUGUUUGGUUUCCAUUUUCAUAACUGGAAUACAGCAUUAUGGGGCCUUGUAUCAGGACUAGCAGCAUCUAUUAGUAUUUACAUCCAUUUUGGAUAUCAACGCCAGAUUUUUGCUGCGUAUCCCUACACACUACAACGGUUUAUGUUAACAGGAUGUUUUAUACAGUUGGCCGGAGUUUGUGGUUUCGUGGUGUACCUUGUUCUGGGGAUUACACAACACCAAGGUUUAGUGGUUUAUGGUGAGGGAUAUUUUUUAACCUGUGUAUGGUGUGCUAUGACAUGGAAAUGGGGAUUUUUUCUCCUAAUUUAUGCCAGGAUGUAUAAACGUGUUUAUAUCAGUGAAUGUACGAUAUUAACGCCCCAUGCUGAUCCAUCCUGCCAACAAAAAUCUUAUGUUACAGUUUACCAAUAGUCUACAGAAUUCCAACUACAAACAUUGUGAUAUAGAUAUAUUGAGGCCCUGACUUGACAAUUACGGGGCAACAGGCUGGGCAGGGGGAAUAAUUGUUCCCUCACCUGACCCUAAAAACAUAUAUUUUUGAAUGACGCUCCACUAGAAUCAAAAUGUUCUGAUUUUUCCAAAAGACUUAAUUGCAAGGAGCCCUACCCCCAGUUUUAUAUCAGGUUGGGUCUCUUCAAUUCCAACUGUUAUAGUGCUAAUUUCAGAUAUAAUAUAUAAAUAGAUUCCUCUAGAUUCCCUCCCUUUCAAUGGCUUCCUGAAACUUGAUAGACUCUAAAUAAUGGAACUCAAUUUAUGGCAUGCUACUCCUCAGUCUUUACACGUUUCAACAAUUUAUAUUGUCAUCAUCAUUCAUAAUUCCAAUUUUUUUGAAGUAUCAAAACCAACAGAUAAAUAAAAUGCAGCCAACAAGCUGUAAUUGCUGUAGACAUUCAUGAUGAAUAAGUUUUAUCAUUAUUUUUCAUGGGUAGAAUUAAAUACAGCCAAAAUAAAUAGAACUUGAUGUGUUUAAUCAUUUGAACGAGGGAUUUAAUAAUCUUCAAUACCGGUAUAUUAGGGAUUCAGGGUUUGACUCUAGUCUAGAAAAAGUUAUUGAUGUAACAAUGAAGGUAUGAUUAAAUCUAUUAUUAACAUGAUUUCCAGAAAGUAUAAUUAGAAAUAGAUGGUGAAAUGUACAACACUCUUAGUGCCUUUAUCUAAAUAUUGUUACAAUUACAAAUAUAUCCUCAAUAUAAAGUUUAGUCCUUGGUUUAUAAAAUCUACAAUAAUCUUGAUAGACAUUAGAGGUUAAACUUCCAUACUUUGACUUGUACAGAUUACUGUUUAUCUUCCUUAAAGGGAUUGUAAAGAAAGAAGAUAAAUUGCAGGAACCAGGAUACCUGAUUGAAAAUUAGAAUCUUAGAAAGAUCAAGACAUGAGGUUUGGCACUAAAUUCAAUUUAAAAUUGAUUCUAUGUGCUUUACAUUUUUUUGAAUUUUGGAUAAAACUAAUAAAUUGAAUAUUUACUUUUUUUUAUUCUUAAAAUGUUAAUUGACGUGAUGUUGCUGAUUUGUUUAAGUUUGUUUGUUUUAUUGUUAUGUU